AUGACGACGAUGAGAGGCAGACUCUUCUCCCCGAAACAACACCAACACCAACCGCGUGGACGACGAAAAGCUGCAUUACUUGGAGGACUAUCGAGGGACACUUUAAUCACGCUCGGUUUGUUCUUGUUCAGUCUCAUCCUGUUCGCGUUGCCGAACGUCUUGUUGAGAACAACCGAGGACGACCUCUCUUUUAGGAGUAGGAACGAGAACGAGAACGUAUUAUCAGAGCAGCAGAAGCAACAAAAGAGUUUGGCGCCGCAGCACGAAAGAGAUAGCGAAGGGAGGACGAGGCCUACGACGACGACGACCCCUCGACGAGCGUCUUCUUCGAGCGGCAGCGGUAAAAAAUCUAGUAGUAGUAGCAGUGGAAGCAGUGGCAGCAGUAGUAGUAGUUCGAACAAUAGCGAGCAAAGAGCCUCGGAUGGAGGGAUAUACAGACGAAUGUAUAACCUCACCGAACCAGAUGUAGACGAAACCAUCAAAGGUACUAUUCUCGACGUGAAAGUUACCUUGGACGCGCUCCCGCGAAUAGAUAUCGAUCCGAAAAUUUUACCUACUGGAUUACACAAACGCGACGCGUUUAUCACGCAAUCGAACGCGAAGAAAUUUCGGUUCGAAACGUUGCCAAAGAGGUAUUUAGCGAUUGAUUUUGAUGCGAUUAAGUUAAGGUUUAAAGAUGUGGAUUCAAAGUUAUCGGAUUCGAGUUGUGCUUUAGUCGGGUCGAGCGGAAACGUGGUGGGGAGAAAUUUUGCGAGCGCGAUUGAGUCGCACGAUUCGGUCGUGCGAUUGAACCAAGCGCGGGCGGAUUCACCGUUGAAAGGUAAUGGGGAUAAACAUACUCAGACGAAGGAUGUCGGAGAGCGGUCUAAUUUCAGAGCCUUAUCGAAGCCGUGGAUCCACAAGUAUUCGCUUCCAGAAAAAGGCGGGUUAUCGCCGGCGGAUUUGCCGUUGGAGUGGGGGGCGAAUUUAAUUUUAACCGGCGCGACAAAAGGUAUCACGUUACAAUCAGUCGGACUGGCGCAAGCGUUGAGGGAGAAAUGGCGGCGAACGGACGUGCAAUUAAUCGUGGUCACGCCGAGAAUGGAAGCGGCGGCGAGAGAUUUUUUCCAAUUGUACAGAUGGAAGCUCGAGAAGAUGGGUUUUACUUUGAAAACGAAAGGCACGCAGCCGUCGGUUGGAUUUGUCGCCGCGUUCGCGUUAAUGCAAGUGUGCGAUCGAGUAUCGUUGUAUGGAUUCGGUCGAACGCACUCCGAUGGUUCAAAGCUGGAAAAGUACAGAUACUUUGAUUCUGGGAAAGGUCGGUACCCGCCGACGAGGGAAAUCGUGAGUACCGGCAUGGACGUAGAAGUGGCUAUUUUCCGAGCGUUAGCCAGAGAAAAAAAAGUGGUCUACUGCGACGACGGAGAGGAAACGACCAUGAACUGUGGUAACUUGCACUUUCGUAACGACGCUUUUCCGAAAUCGACAUCGUCUGCUUCGUCUGAAAGAGGAGAAGGAGGAGAAGAAGACAACAACGACAAAGACGCCGACGCGGAAGAAGAGGGGGACGCCGCGACCGAAGACAGUAAAGAAGAAGUAGAUGAACAAGAAGACCACGAAGAACAAGAAGUGGGACAAGAAGAAGAGAGCGACGUUCCGUCUAACGGGUGGGCGGAUCUGGUGUAA